UAAGAGAUAGGAGGCUGGGUGAGAGGGACACACUAUGGCAGCUACCAGUGACCGGUCACCACGCAGCUUGCCUCCAGCUCCAUGCACCUCGGGGACAAGCUUUGCAGAGUUUUCCAUGAGAGAGAAACUGAAAGCUGCACGGUCUAAAGCAGGAAGUGCUCUUUUGCAAGAAGCCUCAGGUCCUCAUCUGCGGUCCCUGAAAAGCCUCAGAGAGAUGAAAGCACAAACUAGCACAAACUUGUUGGAGAAUGAGACAGAUGAAGGUGAACUGAGUGCAAGAGAAGAGAAUAAAUGCAAGGUGUCAGCAAGAGUAAAGUUCCACGAUUCUGUCAGAAAAGUCAAGCAAAAAUCACAGGCUAGUUAUCCUUCUUCUGAAGAAGCCUAUAACUUCUUCACUUUCAAUUUUGGUCCUGAACCAGAGAAUGUUGUGGGUGAAAUGCAAAACAAGACUAAGGGCGUGUUGAAUCUAGAUGGCAAGGAGAGGGAAAAUCAGGAAUCUGCACUCAGCCCCCGAGAAGAACAAGAAGAAAGUGAAAUGGAUGAAGAGGAGCAUCUUGUUCAUGAAAAAGAGGAUGAUGACCUAUUCCUUAUAGCAGCAGCCGGGACUAUGGAGACUUUGAAUGGCACCAGCCUCGGCGAGCCUCUGAAGUCGCCGCAGAGCCUGCACCACUCCUUCGCCGAGAAGAAGGGGCUCCACCGAGCUCCUUCCCCAGCCAAACCUUUCCUCAAAGACCUCCACGCCCGGGCAGCUUCUGCCAAGCCCCCGCCGGUGCACCCCAAAUUCCCCAGCCUCUCCAUGGUUGAAAAACACUGCCUUAUAGAACACACAGCCCUGGACUUCCUAGUGACUAGACCUGCAGCAUAUGAAAGCUACUCUGCUCGCGUGCAGAAAGAGAGAGAAAUAUUGUUCAUCCCAAGUAUGCUAAGAGUGCCUGCCUCUCUGAAGGUACCAGAAAAUAUGCAGCCAAGGUACCUUGAGGAUGAAGGUCUGUACACAGGAGUGCGUCCUGCUGUGUCACUGUCAAACCAAAAUAUUGUAGAGAACAGGAUUCUCAAGCAGGAACAGGGGAAAAGGUGGUUUGGAGAUGGUGGCCAGAUUCGGGCUUUGCCCAAUCCAGUUAAACAGUCUCUUACUAGACCUCCAAUAUUCCCAGUCGAGGACGGUAAAGAACCAGAGCUGGUGACAUUUUAUAAAAAGGCCAUAAAAAUGAGGCUGGCUAAUCAGUACAUUGUUGGAUCCGGGGACCCUCAGGGGCAGUUUCAGCUGGAUCUCGAAAUUUCUGGAUUAAUAUUCACGCACCACCCCUGCUUUAGCCGUGAGCAUGUCUUGGCAGCCAAGCUGGCUCAGUUGUAGGAUCAGUAUCUAGCAAGGAGAAAGAAAAAUAUUACGGAACUUCUUACAGAUAAGCUGCAUGCUCUGAGAAAUGCCUUGGAGAAUAUUUCAGAUCCUGGCGAAGGUGGGAUUCUUAAUCCAGUAGCAAAACAAAGCAGAACUGAAUACAAGAUUGAAAUAAGGCAAACAAGACGACUUUGUGAUGUUGAGCAAGAAAGAGAUAGGACAUUGCUUAAGGCCAUUAUCAAAGUGCGUGAUUUCCAGAGGUUCACUAACACACCCCUGAAGCUCUACCUGAGGAAGGAAGAUGUUGAUCAAAGGUUGGACGAGAAGACAUGUGAAGCAGAAAUUCAGGCUGAAAUAUCUGAGUUAAUAGAAGAAAACAUUGAAGAGUUCAAGUAA